AUGAAAACCCUCGCACUCCUCUUUUUCACACUUUCCCUCUUUCUCCUCCCCAACCCAACUCAUUCCACGCGCAACCCCAUCCGCCUUCCCACCGCCGAUGUAGCAGCCGCGUCCGGCGCUCCGGUGCUGGACUCCGACGGAGACGAGCUCCGGGCCGGCGGAACAUACUACAUAGUCUCCGUCAUACGGGCCUUCGGAGGUGUGAAACUUGUUCGUUUGGAUUCGGCGACCGGAUGCGCAAGCGACGUGAUCAUAGCCCACGAAUUAGACAAAGGCAACCCCGUUAUGAUCACGCCGGAGGACCCGAACGCCACCGUCGUCUUGCAGUCGACUCACCAGAGCUUACGUUUCUCCAUUCCGACGUUCUUUCUUUGUGUAUUUAACGUAUCUUGGGAGGUUCAGAAAGACCCUAUAUCCGGGGAAGGUUUCGUGAAGGCCGGCGAUGUUGUCUCGUACAAGUUCAUGAUUGAGCAGGACACAUCUCUGAGUCCGACCCUUAACGCUUACAAAAUAACUCACUGUCCUUUCGAUAUAUGCUACAACCUUGGUUUGUACUUCGACGAGUUGGUUGGCGCUAGGCGUUUGGCUCUCAGUGAUUACCCACAUGCUUUUGUGUUUCAGAAAUCUGGUGCUGUGUAA